CAGGAACAUCCUAAACAGUAAUUCCCCAACCUCUAGCUCAGUGGAAAUCACAGCCUUCUGAAGUCAGUCUGCAGACAGGAGAGCCUUCAGCAAUUGUCAGUUUCACCAUGCCUACAUCUGAGUUCUAUUUCAAUGUGGAUAAUGGCUACCUGGAGGGGCUAGUCAGGGGAUUUAAAGGUGGAAUCCUCAAAUCAUCCGAUUACAUCAAUUUAGCGCAAUGUGAAACCCUUGAAGGUAAGGCUCUUAGAUUACAAAACAUUUCACUUACAUAGUUUAGUUUGAAUCUUGGACGUCAGGCACAGUCAAGGUCAUACAAUGAUAGUUCGUCAUAAAUCAUCUCAUUGAAUCGUGUUAGAUAGGUCAAAUAUGUUGGAUUACUAGAGCAAUACCCAUCAGUUAAAAUCUGCAACGAAUGUGGAGCAUAAAUAUAUAUAUAUAGCUUUUACUAAGAUAAUAUGAAGCAAAUGUACACUGAUCUAGAAACAUGUUUUGUUGUUUUCUUUAAUGUUUAUAGAGUUUAACAAACAUUCCAACAUACCAACUAUAGGAAUAUGGUGUCCUCAAAAUCAAAACCCAAACAAAAAGUUGGGUUUUGGUUUUAUGGACCAUCUAUAUUAUGUGAUAGAAGCAAGGUGGAAAAGUGGGCGCGAGAAAGGAGAUAAAUAGAGGGGUAUUUAUUAAUUUGCAUAUAGCAAUACAUUAUGAUAUCGUAGAUUGGGGAAUAAAGCAAAUAAAAUACUUUUCCCCUUAUUCUCGAGCUAUACAUUUGUUUGCAUUUCUACUAGAGCAGUGGUUCCCUGACCUGUCCUCUUGGAAUCAAAGUGAAUUUUAAUGAAAAUUUAAAAUGUAAGGCCAGAGUAGCCAAACUGAGAGCAUAGCUGACUUAGAGAAAGUUUCCAAUUCAGCUAUUUUGACCUUAAAUUUGAAAAUUCACUUUGAAUUCACCUUGACUUCUCACUCCAGUGAAUAGCCUGUUAGUUAGUGACCUUGAAAUGUAAUUGAAGUAGGAGGAUCUUGGGUAAUAUUGGGUUUUAAUGCAACUCAGAUACACUGAAGGUGAACAGCGGUUUGAAAGGGCACUAUAUAUACACGUGUGAUGUUUGUGUUGUGACCAAGGUGUGAGUUGAACAAAUCUUUAACAAUGUCUAACAUUCACAGUUUCACAAUUUUGGACUCAGUUUAGCAAAUUUAUUUUCAUUUCUGUUUUACUGUUUAGCGACUACAUCCAACAAACUAAAGCAUUGUAUUUCUUGUGGAUACACAAUUUGAUCAGUCACUGGGAGACAAAGUCAUACAAUAGAGUAGGCUCUACUGCUUAUGAUGCUUAGAAUGCCCCAUUAAAACACACUUAAGGGAUACUAUAGGCACGAUAUGAUAUAAAUAGUCAGUCUCUCUCAGAUAUAUUGAUUUAAAGGAAUACUAUAAGCAUCAAAACAACUAUCGCUGAAUGAAGCAGUUUUGGUGUAUAGAUCAUGCCCCUGAAGUCUAGCUGUUCAAUUCUCUGCCAUUUAGGAGUUAAAUCAAAUUGUUUAUACAACAAUACCUUCCUGCUGUAUACCUUCCUGCUUCCGUAACUUGCACAGCAUUCCUAAACAUUUCCUGGAAAGGUAGAUCUAAUGUUUAAAUUUUGUUUGCUGCAUAUUCUGUUCAGAGUUUCUUAUAUCCGGCUCUGCACCCUUAUAGAGCUUGCAGGAGACUCCUGUGUGUGAUUAAAGUUCACAGAGCAGGAGAUAAAAACUUCUAAAGCAAGUUAACAUCUGAUUUACGUUUCCUUUUUUUGCAUUGUUUUACUUUUUUGGAAUUUUUAACACAAAAUGUCACAAUGUACUUUGAUUUAUUGUGUAUAUAUAUAUAUAUAUAUAUAUAUACAUACACACACAAUAAAUAUGAUCAUGCAUGCUUAUAAAAGGGCUGUCAAGGUAUACUCCACCUGCAAAUCAUUAAAUGUAACAUUUCUUAAUUUUUGAAGGCCAAGGAAAGGACACCAAUAGCCUUUAUUUGUAAUGCAAUUUAUCUUCUGGAAACACUGUAUUAGAAAGCAAACCAGCAGGCAGAAUGUCAUGCCAAGUUUUAUACUAACCUAAAAAAGAGUUAGAGAGCUUAAAGGACCACUCUAGGCACCCAGACCACUUCAGCUUAAUGAAGUGGUCUGGGUGCCAGGUCCAGCUAGGAUUAACCCAUUUUUUUAAUAAACAUAGCAGUUUCAGAGAAACUUCUAUGUUUACAAAUGGGUUAAUCCUUCCUCUAGUUCCUCUAGCGGCUGUCUCAUUGACAGCCGCUAGAGGCGCUUGCGUGAUUCUCACUGUGAAAAUCACAGUGAGAGCACGCAAGUGUCCAUAGGAAAGCAUUGUAAAUGCUUUCCUAUGCGACCGGCUGAAUGCGCGCGCAGCUCUUGCCGCGCGUGCGCAUUCAGCCGAAUGGGAGGAGAAGAGGCAGAGAGGAGGAGGAGAGCUCCCUGCCCGGCGCUGGAAAAAGGUAAGUUUUUACCCCUUUCCUCUCCCCAGAGCCAGGCGGGAGGGGGACCCUGAAGGUGGGGGCACCCUCAGGGCACUAUAGUGGUGCUUUAAAGCUUGAAUGACAGAAUGAUUAGUAGACAUGCCAAGACUGACAGGUCUGAGAUCCAAAGAAGAAGGUAGCUGCAGCUGGUAAAGAUAGUCUGGUUGGUCCUAAAGGGACUUUUUUUUUCCCAGGCACACAUUAGCAACAGAAUUAAAAGCCAAUUAGGGGUGAAGUACUUGUAUAUGGGCUGACAUGCUCUGCAAUGCCCACAUGUUUUUAACUUGGUUGUCCUGCAGUCUUUGUAGAAUAAUUGGAAGGACUUUUUGCAACUUGUCGGUCACACAACAAAAUUGUGUGACAUGAUCCGUAUGGAUUAUUAUUCUAUUUAUAUACAGAAUGUAUAUGUAUAGGAAAUGCCUUUUAAAGCUGCACUGUCACCCCCCUUCCCUUGAAAAAUGAGUAAGAGUAGACUCUGGGAGCUAGAGAAUCAAUCCUGAGAGCUGUCACUAGUGACGGAUGCAGGGAAUUGGCUCUGCCUAUGGAUGAUCCCAUGGUUUUUCCACCACUGAUGAAAAUUGUUGCCUGACUGGGAGUGAUAGGUACCGGUAUAGUCUAACUCUAAGACCCCCUUAACACUAAAUCCCCUUAAAUUUAAUCCCCCAGCCCUGACCAUAAAUUAUCUUAAACCUCCAGCAUGUGGUAAACUGAUAUACUUGUAAGUCACAUCAUUAUACUACACCAACAGUGUAUGUCACACUCAUCAUAAACAGGGCUUUAAAUAUGUUACUGUGCUAUUUUUAGAAUUGUUACAUGUACUUUUUAAGUCAAAUUAAUUCAAAUGUAUCAUUAAAAGCUAAGGUCCAAUUUUCAAAAUAAAGUCUUCAGCUAAAAUUAUCAGUUAACAUGAUAUUAUGAUUUAUAAAAUAAAAACUUACACAAAUUUAGAUAAUCAAUUUGAAAAUAAACAAAUUAUAAAUAUUACAUGGUGCUUGGACAGUGCUAGCCCUGCAUUGGCCUGCAGGGGAGAGCCUCUGGGGGGGGGGCAAUUGCCCGUUGCCCCCCCUGGAUCCACCAGUGAUAUAUACAGCCCCUCUGUGUGCCUUUUUGCCUCCCCCCAGUCCCUCUGUAUGUUUCUUUCUCCCGCUCACUACUCCUCUGUGUCCAUGUCUCCCCUCUCCUUCCCAGUCUAUCUCUUCCCCCUCUGCCUCUUUCUCCCCCUCCCCUUGUGUGUCUCUCUCCUUUCUCCCUCUGUCUCACUCUCCCCCUCUGUCUCUUUCUCCCCCCUUUCCCUGUGUCUCUCUCUCCUCUACCAUCUCUAUUCCCCCUCUUUCUCCCCUUGUGUCUCACUCUCCCCCCUCUGUCUCUUUCUCCCCCUUUCCCUGUGUCUCUCUCCCUCCCCCUCUGUCUCUCUCUAUUCUCUCACUGUCUCUUUCUUCCCCUGCGUCUAUCUAUUCACCCUCUACCUUUCUCUCCACCCCGUCCACCUGAGAGGAGUCUGGGGGGGUCGGUCGUGUUCCACGCUGCAGCAUCACCGGUCCGGCGGCACUCCUAAUGCUGAGGGCUGAAGGAGGAGGGAGCAUGUCUCUCUACCAUGCUCCCUCGCGGUUCCCACAAUCCGGAACUGCGAGUGAGCAUGGUAGAGAGACAUGCUCCCUCCUCCUUCAGCUCUCAGCAUUAGGAGUGCCGCCGGACCGGUGAGGCUGCCACCUGGCCCGGCAGCUCCAGCCUGGAAUGCGGCCGGCCUGCCCCCUCUGAGUGUGCCACCGGACCGGACCGGUAUCCCGGUGGGCCAUGGUGGGCCAGUCUGGCCCUGACUACAACUGAGCCAUUCAACCAAGUGUUUACAUAAUAAAGCUAUAGCACAAAAGAAACAUAUAGUUUUUUUGUUUUUUUUUUACUAAAGUGUGAACUGUAAGGAAUUCAAAUAAAAUGUAAUUGAAAUACUAAUUAUAAGCUAAAAGAGCCUAAAAAUGUUCUCUGUUAGUUGCGUUUUCAGUUUUGUGGGGUUUUUUUGCCUAAAUUCUAAGAUUCACUUUAAACUAUUUUAAACAAUUAAUUUAAUACAUUUUAUUAUAUAGAGCACAUGAACUAUACAUGUAUUAUACGUUUAGUAAAAAAAAAAAAAUUAUUAAACCCUUCCUUCUUUCCCAACAAAAUAUACAUUGCUCAGUCACAAUGUAAAUUAGUAUUCAUAGCACUAACGUGUUCCUUUGAUGUAAAGGUUUAAAUUACCCUUUAUUCACUUACCAGAUUCCAGUACCCAUGCCAUGCAGCGCUAGGUCACGUGCUGCCUCUCUGACGUUAGCUGAUGAGGGGAACCUAAUGCACAUGCGUGGUGAGCACUUUGCACGUUAGGCCUACCUCAUAUGAAAGCAUUGCCUAAAUGCUUUCCUAUGGGUUUUUUCUUGAUGUAGGACGUUCAGUGUCGUUUUACAGAGUAUUGUGUAGGUCCCCCUUGUGCUGCAAAAAAAUGCUCUGAUGCAUUGCGGAAGGGCUUCACAAGACCUCCGAACGUGUCCUAUGGUAUCUGGCAUCAGGACAUUACCAGCAGAUCCUUUAAGUCCUGCAAGUUGCGAGGUGGGGCAUCCAUGGAUCGGAUUUGUUGUUCAAGCACAUCUCACAGAUGUUCAGUUGGAUUGAGAUCAGUGGAAUUUCGAGGCCAAUGCAAUGAACUCUUUGUCAUGUUCCUCAAACCAUUUCUGAACAAAUUUGCAGUGUAGCAGGGUAAGUAUGUGUGUGUUUCUGCCAGUUUUGGUAUAUAUGUCUGUUGUAGUAUGUGUGACUGCCAGUGUGUCUGUUAGUGUGGGUGUGUGCAUGCUUGUCAGUAUGUGUAUACAUGCUUCUCAGUUUGUGUCUGUCUAUCUGUGUGUGUGUGUGUGUGUGUGUGUGUGUGUGUCUGGAAUUGAGUAUCUGUGUGUGUUUCUGGUAGUAGUGAAGGGGUGCACUGAUAGUGAAGGGUUUGGAUGUACUUAUUUCACUAGUAUUAAAAAGAAUCGAAAGGCUUAAUAUGUAUUUUGUGUCAUUUAGUUCUCGAGUUUUUAAAGCACUUCAGAGCUAUGAAAUUUAUUACAUAACAUUUACGCACUAUUUCCAUAAAAGCUUUAGACCCUUUUUCCCCAAUUUCCUAUAUACAUUGACAUGCUUGCUUUUCAGUGAGACAAUAACUUAAUAAAAACAAUAAUAAUAUGUAGAUCUCUUACAAGGUUAUUCGCUCUGUAUUCUAGCAUAUUAAAUCUGAAUGGGAAAGUUUAGGCAAAAAAAUCCAAGUUGUGAAUAAAGCUGAGUUGUGGAACCACUCCUCUCUAACUGCCUAGAUUUUUUAAUUUGGAUUAAAUUCCCUAAAAUUCAGUUUAGUAAAUAGUCCUGGUAAUUUUCCUGCGCUGCUUCUCCACACGCCUAAAUAAGCUGUCCAUCACCUAUGACCAUACAGGCUGCCUAUGUAUCAGACAGGUGAUAUUUCCUUUAGCCACUCAUUGGUUACACAGUAGGGACCAAAACAUUAGCAGACUGCAGUGAUCUGUUCACUUACCUGACUACCCAGAUAUAUUAUAUUUAAAGGGACACUAAAGGCAAUUAUUGAAGCAGUUUUGGUGUAUAGAUAAUGCCUCUGAAUUCUCACUGUUCAAAUAUCUGCCAUUUAGAAUUUAAAUCACUUUUGUUUCUACCCAUGGAGCCAUAUCCACACUGACACACCCUGCAUGACAAACAAUUGUUUAAUUUUCAAUUAGAUGUGAACUAACUGUGGAAGUUUUUAUCUUCUGCUCUGUAAAUGUAACAUUAAUUACACAUAGGAGGCUCAUUAACAGAACAGGAGAUAAGAAAUUCUAAAUAAUACAGAAUUUGCAAUAAAGGAACUUAAACAUUAGAUGACUCUUUACAGGAAGUGUUUAGGAAGGCUGUGCAAGUCACAUGUAGGGAGUUGUAUAAACAAAAUGAUUUAACUCCUAAAUGGCAGGGAACUGAUCAAUAAGGCUGCAAAGGCAUGCUGCUAAAGUUGUUUUGGUGCCAGUAAUGUCCCUUCACAAAAAUAAAAUUACUUGUCAUAGGUCCUUAGACCAUACAAAUAACCAUGUUUUUUUUUUUUUUUAAGAUUUUUCAUUGUAGCACCUACUGUACAUGCUAAAAUUAUAUAUUCACUGACUUCAGGUGGAAGAGGUUUUCAAUCACAUUUUUUCCCACUAUAACUGUCUUGGUCACUCUCUCUCUCUCUCUCUCUAUUUGCAAAAGUACAAUUUUAAGAGCUAUUGUUCUUCAACCAUCCUUCAUGGACCCUUCUUAGUACUCUAGUCUCUGUAUUGUGUUCUUGCUUUCAUUGUUUUGGGUGUCCCUGAUAAACCAAUAUGCAUGAUGCUGCAGCUUUGUUCUUAUUUCACAUGUAAGCUCUGUUUUUCACAUGUAAGCUCUGUGUUUAAAUGUAUUUUGGUGACAUGUAUUAUUUUCCAUGACAUUAUGAAACACAUUUCUAAAACACGGCUAACAAAGAGCUUAUUACACCGUAGUAUGAUGACAAGAAUUCCAAAAUAUUAGCAUUUUCAAAUAGGGGUUUGCUGACUAAACACUGAAAUGUACUGAAUUAAAAAGCAAAUUGCAAAAUUUAGGCAGAAAGUGCUGAUUUGGAAAAAAAAUCUCCCAUUCUGCUUUAGCCACAUCAUAGCUCUGUUAUCCGAAAUUUUGCCAUAUUGUGCAGCUCACUACAACUUGGUGUUUAGUGAAUUCGCCCUAGUGAUGUUCUUCGUUCUUUAACUAUUGUGCCAUUCCCUCUGAUGUUUCACAAAUUAGAGCAAUGAUCUACCUAUCUCUCCAUUCCUCAAUUAACUUUGCUGUUUAAUGAUACGGAACCUUGUGCAUCAGCAAUGUCACUACUCCCAGUCAUUUAUAGCAAUAUGACCUUUAAUGUGUUUUGGCAACAGGGUCUGGAGCUGAGCUAUGCGCCCUGAUUAGAGUACAAACAUGUCUCACAGCUGAAGCAGUUUGUGCUGGUGGCUUUCAGUAUCAUUUGGUCAUGUCUGGUGAAGAUCAUGUAAAACCGCUGCUUUACACAAUCCUUGUUCUGACUGACAAAAUCAGCUUCAAUACGCUAUAGCCUGGGCUUUGUGGGUUUAUUUAAAGAUUUUAAAAAAAUAAAAUAAAAUGUGAUAACCUUGUAGGUUUGGAAACAGGUUUUUCCUAGUCUGAAAUAAUUUAAACCCAGAUUCAACAGAAAACCUAGUGCUUCAACCAAAUGGAAAAUAGUAAUCACUGAUUGAACUAAUUCACAGUACUCCAGUUUGCUGUGAUUUAGAGGUUAGCAGAAAGCCCCCCCCCCUUUCCUGCCGUCUUACUUAAGUGAGUGACAAUUUCAAGAGAAACCAGCAUUUUAUUUAAAAGAUUCUAGUGUGCUCUUCUUUGCUCGCUUUGAGUACUCACUCAAAGCAUAAAGCAAUGCUUCUCAUGCUUCAGAAUGGAUUCAAUGCAUUUGAAGUUCCAGCAUUUCCAGUAAAUCCCUAGGCUUUACAGCAUCUUAAGUGAGCUCAGCAAGACCUAGAAGCAUCUAUACUGAUCAUGGGACAUGUGGUUAAACAGUUGCCAGAAAUCCCAUUCAUAACACAGCAUGGAUGGAAUUGCUGGCAAGUCUGACUGCUCCAUUCAAAGUUUCGAGACUGCAGUUUUAAAGGGACACUCCAGACACCAAAACCACUUCAUCUAAAUGCCUCAAUCAGUGACUCCCUAUUCAUAAAACUGGAUUGAAAAUAAAUAUAUCCUACUCAAGCCAAUUUAGGGAAUGGGGAGUCACUGAUUGGCUGAGAGUGUCAGCUGACCAAUUUUAGCCAAUCAGCGGUGACCCUGCCCGGCAGCACUCCACGAGGAUUGUGAUAGCUUGUGAAUUAAACAACAUUGGUAAAAUACAGUUUAGUAUACUCUAAAACAGUUUUUCAACAAUUUAGGCUGUGCAUGUAGUUUAACAGGAUAAAAAUGUAUUGUUCAUUUGAACAAACACACAGAGACACGUUAUCACUUUAUAUUUUGUUUAAUAUACUACACAUAUGUAGGUUACUUAUAUCAUCUAAUAUUAAUCUCUAAAAAUGACAAGUAGAUAUACUAGCUUAAUGCUGUAUAAAUAAUGUGUCACUGUGUUUCUGUAUUCCAGACAGGAGCUGCACCCUAUAAAAUAAGGAAGUAGAUGAAACGGCAGUGCUCUCCAAAAAGUGACUCAGUCUCUUGUGUUCAUCAUCAUGCCCUUACUAAGUUUAGACAUAAUAAGGACACGAUUCACACCAUUUUCUCAAUUUGUUCCGUUCAUUUUAGUGCCCAAAAGGGCUGACCUACUCUGAUUCUACUCUCCAUUCGUAAAGCAUCUAAUUAGGCAGCUCAAUCUUCACUUAGUGUAUCACAAUGAUGAUAAUUUGAGGAGUUUAUUCUAACAUGGUGGUUAGCAAAUGGUCCUCAAAUAGUUAAAUCUAUAAUCUAUGAAUUUUAUUAUAUUCUGUUAAGCCGCUUUGCUGCUUGAGGUGUAACGCCAACACUGGCAGCACCUUUGGGGAGUCAUCAGCGGCUGGCUAAUGUCGAUUCUGUGCAAAUAUCUAUGUACAGAGUUGAGUUCAUUGGUUGAGAACGGUCAGCUAAUGCUCUAAGCCAAUGAAUGGGCGGCAGGAUUGGCAGAUGCCGGAGGACAUAAAGCCGCUUGAGAAGAGAGUUUGCGUCCAUCAGAUGCAAAGCUAAGAGGGCACACCAUUGUAAAACAGUUUGCCACAGUAUUAGGAAAUGGUGCCACAUCAUAAUAACUACAACGGGUCAUCAUGGUUAUGAUGGUUGGAGUGACGCUUUCAUACAAAAUAGGCAUUAUUUAAUUAUAUAAAAAGGCAUAAUUGAUUUAAUAUAUACAAUACGAGCCCAAAUUCCUAGAAUUCUGAUCCUGUUGAUGAGCAAUGGUAUACCUUCGUCUUCUGAUCAUCGAUAGAGAUUAACAGAGUUGCGUGAGAAAGAGAUCGUGAAAAUCUGUCAUGACAGACGACUUUAAACAAUGUAAGCAUUCAUCUUCACCUCGUUAUAGGCAAAAUGCUAACAGUUACAUCGAUGAAAGAUCGUUUAAUUUUGACCUCCUUUGGUCUUAACUGCUAUGCUGUUGGCAUGUUGUUAUAAUGGCAGUAUAGACUGCACGUGGAUGCUCGGAAUAGUUGUCAAUCACUCUAUCCACUCCAAGGGGUCAUGCUGUGUGUGAAGGAAGCAAACUUAAGUAAUUAUAUAUUUUGGUGUCAGUUUUGCCAACACAAUGUAUAGAUUGCAACUAUCUGUAUAUGAAUUUGUAGAUGACGGGUUUACUUUAUAUAACCCGACUUUAGAAGUUAUUAUUAUACAGACAGCAUCAGCAACGCUCAAAGAAUCCUGUACAGAUCAAGGUUUGUGCAAAUCUUUACAUUUCAACUUGAGAACAGUUUUACUAAACUAGAUUUGGAUUUGCUUAAAAAUAGUCAUUUUUGUUAAAGAAAUAUGUUCUUUUAUUUAUUUCUGUUCUGGGCCAUUUCAGUAAUAGUAUGAAUUAGUAAGUACGUACAUUACACAAUAAGUAAAAGUCGGUUGAGGUGUGUCGAUACCGAUGUGUGUGGUAGGCCUGUAAAUAAGUGGGCCUACCUUAGAAGGAAUUGGAUAGAGGGAGAAGAGGGUGGGCCAGAAGUACGUCUGGAACCAAUUGGGUAAGUAGGUAAAAGGGGGAGUCCUUUUUAUAGGCUCAUAGCCCCUCCCACAACUACAGGCCCAGCCUUCCAAUUUGUGUUCGGGGCCAUUUCAGUAAUAGUAUGAAUUAGUAAGUAAGUACAUUACACAAUAAGUAAAAGUCGGUUGAGGUGUGCCGAUACCGACGUGUGUGGUAGCACUGUAAAUAAGUGGGCAAAAAGGAAUGCCAAUCUUGUAAUACCAAAGAUAUUUAUUACGAAAACACAUGAUAUCAUACUGGCAUAUUUAUGAUUGCAUCUUAACAAAUGCUUUCUUACUUCUUGUAUAGACUGAGGUAUAUGAACCGCAUAAGCGGAUUACUUCCAGCUGCCCAAGGUUCAAUUCCAUUGACCGGGAUGUCUUGGCCUGAGGCAGGGGUUGCUACCCUUAUCCUGAAUGAAUGUCCUGAAUAUUUGGUGGCGUUUGAGCCGAGUUGUGUCAACAAUAAUCGUAUGUACCCCAUGAAUUUAGAGGUGGUACAGGUGGCCCCGUAUGGUGACAGGAGAGGGAGUGCGGUUUGGGCAAUUUAGAAGCCUUCUUUGUGUUGUAGUUUUUGUAGUCUGAGUGCGCCACAACUAUUUUUUUCAUGUAUGAAGUUUGGUCACUGCGGCAGCACCUUUCAUGCAAAAUGCAGAUCUCGGGUGUGCCCCCAAUCCUUUCUCUGUACACAGUAUAUUUGGAAUUCAGACCAGAUUCCUUUGGGAUUAAGCACCCCGCCCAGGCCCCCCAGCUUCAGAAGCCCCUUUAGAGGUGGCCACAGGUGUAUAUAAAUAGGAGGAGUUUUCAAUAGUCAAGUCACUUUUAUUAUUUUCUCCAUUCACCACAGAUAUCAUCUGCAAUAGUGAGUAUAUUCAUUCUAGCACUAACACUUUAAUUGUUUAGUUUUAACACUUUUUUUAAUUGCUUUCAUCACUUUAUUUUUGUAUACUCACUUUGCUCUUUCAAGGAUUUAAUAAUACACUUUAUUUUUAACACUAGUACUAUUUAAUUUGUCCCCCACAUUUUAGCGUAGGACCCACCAACAUUGGGGUACUUUGAAAGCAGUGGUGGGCUUAACAUCAUAUGGCCAUAUGGUGGAACUAAAUCCCCAUAUUUAGGUAGGCAAUUUAGAAGCCUUCUUUGUGUUGUAGUUUUUGUAGUCUGAGUGCGCCGCAACUAUUUUUUUCAUGUAUGAAGUUUGGUCACUGCGGCAGCACCUUUCAUGCAAAAGGCAGGUCUCGGGUGUGCCCCCAAUCCUUUCUCUGUACACGGUAUGUGCGGAUGUUGACAUAAGAUAUGUGUCAAACUUUCACCGGGCCCAUGAGUUGGUGGGAUAGUAGUGUAUAAGCACCUCUUGACCCAUAUGGCUGGUCUUGGUUUAGGGUAGGCUUAGCACAUAAUGGUCUUGUAGUUUGUACAGAUUUGAGUACCGUAGGCAAUGCUUAGAAUCGUGUUGCCCUGUGACCGUGAAUUCUCUGGGUCGAAGGAAGCUGUAGAAAACCAAGUAUAUGGCAGUUUUAAAAACGGUGUUCGUAUGCGGCUCGAAAGGUGUGAUAUCCAGUAAGCCUGAAAUACGUUUGAAGAAAUGUAUAUCAAUAGGCCACCUACGUCGUGGAGUAAGUCUGUGGGAUUUGAGUAUACCCUUGGUUUUGAUGGGGUAGGAUGUGAGGAGUCCUUGUUUGUUGGGAUGAGCUGAAAACAUGUGGUGUUAAAUGCCUUGAGAUAUAACUUAAUAGUGUUGUGUGACAUUUUUAAUUUUGAUGUGGCAAAAAAUGGUGAAAGCCCCCCAAAGUUGUAUUAUCAACCAGUUUGUAAGGUGGUGAUCUGACAUGAACUUCGAUAUUAGCAGUAAGCUCUGUCAUAAGUAGUGUACGUAUUCUUUGAGAGGGCCAAUUUGUGAAUUUCCUGCUGUGACUCUCCAUUGUUAAUUCUUGGAGCUAGGGAGCGAUCGUGGCUAUCGGUGAGGCAGUUGGUAGGGACAUACUGAACGCCUGAAGUUGAAGACUAGAUAACUGGUCAGCAGCUGUAUUGUAAAUGCCUGGUAUGUUAUAACAUACCAGAUAAAAAUUGGUGACAGGCUGCCCACCACGUUAGUCGUCUGAUGAAUUUUUAUAAUGAUAAAGGAUAAAGACCGGCCUUGUUUAUGACGUGGCAACUGCCAAAUUGUCAGAGAAACCUCGGACCGGUCUGCCUGCCCAUAAAUGACAGCAUGUUGCUGCUGCGGCUAUGAUGGGAUAUACCACGAAGCGUGGUAUUAUAGAACCCUUUGAUCUGGCUUACUUCUUCCAGCCACCUACCCCAUAACCAAUUGUCCCCAAAUAUGGCAGCAAGCCCUGUGGAGGCCGCUGCAUCGGGACGACUACAUAUGUAGAUGAACCUCAUUAAUUGACAUAUAUGUAUGGGGAAGAGACACCUACAUAUGUUGCGCCUAGGUGAGUUCUCGUUAGGCGUCCUUCUGCUAGAAGAACCUGAAAUAUGUAUGAAGUAUGUUUUGCACCUCAAUUUUACCAGUAGGAACAGUGGUGUAUCCUGGUUUUGUGCUGCCCUAGGCAGGACAAAACUCAGGCUCCCCCGCCCACCCCACCCAACCCUUCCCCCCCACCUUCUAAAUACACAUACACAAACACACACACACACACAGUCAGACACAUACACAAACACACACACACACAGUCAGACACAUACACAGACACAGUCAGACACAAACACACACACACAGUCAGACACACACACACACACACACACAUACACAGUCAGACACAAACACACACACACACAGUCAGACACACAGUCAGGACACAAACACACACACAAACACACACAGACACACACAGUCACAUACACACACACAGUCAGACACAAACACACACACACACAGUCAGACACAUACACAAACACACACACACACAGUCAGACACACAGACACAAACACACCCACAAACACACACAGUCAGACAUUAACUUUAUUUUGAAUCCCCCCCAACCUCCUUACCUUGGGAGUGCUGGGGGGGUCUCUCCUGGUGGUCCAGUGGCUGCAGGGAUGGCGCAGAUGGCGGCGCUUGGCAGGGCGGGGCGCGCUGGCAGGGCGUGGGGCGGGCGGGCGGCCGGCGAGGAGCACUUCCCACGAGCUGACUGCUCAGCUCCCCGCUGCCGAAGCUGUAGAGUGAGGCUGGGGAACGGAAGAUGACGCCAUCUUCCGCCCCAGCCUCACUUUGUGCGCGAGGAGCUGAGCAGUCAGCUCAUGGGAAGUGCUCCCUCGCUGGCAUCGGGAUGUCAGUUAGCCGCAAGGCUAACAAGGCAUCUGCCCUGGGCAUUUGGGGGGCGGCGUUUUUUGCCGCCCCCUGAAAAAUGCCGCCCAAGGCAAAUGCCUUGUUUGCCUUGCGGCUAAUACGUCCCUGAGUAGGAACUAAUAUUGGAGAUCGCAUAAGUGUCUGUGACUGGGUUUGUAAAUGCAGCGAAAGGGCCGUAUACAGAGGGUUUGAGUGGUCUAAUGUGACCUUGGUCGUAUGCCCAAAUAUGGGGCCGAAAUUGAUUCAUAGUGGAUUGCCCGUAAGUCUGUGGUAGGCUGUGAAACUGGGAUUACGUACAAGCCGAGAUGAUGGGUAAGUCGUACAAUCGGUAUUGAACGUGCAUUGCUAAUGUGGUAACUCGUACCAUGGUUGCCAGAGCAGUCAAAUAGCCGAGGAAGCGGGAAGGACAGUAUAAAUAUCAUGUAUAUGAACUGGUCUACUACACAGCGGUGAGGUGGGAAUACUCCAGUAUGGAAUUGGUGAUGUAGGUACAAUGGUGGCAGACUAGUAAGGCCGACCCAGGGAAACUUAAAUGACCAACAUGAUAAUUCAGUAUGUAUCAUAAUGUCUGUGGCAUGUUUGUACACAUCGUGAUUGACAUUAUGCUAGACUGAAGUAGUAAAAUAAGAGAGGUAAGGAGAACGUCCAUUAUGAGGGAAUCAUUACCCUCUGUGAGUUUGGCCAGGAGUAGGCCGUGUAGGUAGGGUCGUGAAGAGUGCCACUGUGUGGCUGUAUGUGGACAGUGCAAGAUAUAGCAGAUGUAUACUACUAUAAGACGUGGUUGAUUACAGGUAGAAAGCUGUGAGAUAGCUGGACUUACACGUACAUUCCUAUCCAGAUGAUGUGUGAACUUGGUGCCCAAAUGAGUGGUUGCAAAUAAGAUGUAGUUGUCCACUAGGGUUACCUGAAGUGUGUUGCUAAGGCCAAUAUAUAUAGGGCUUGUGUAAGGAAUAUGCAUAAGAGGUUGAGAGAGGCCCAAUGUAGUUCCUGUGGUACUGGGAGGUAACGCAAGUCUGAGUGGGAUUUAAUGGAGUGGAGUUGGUGGUUGUGUUUUUUAAAUUGUAGAUCAGUUGAAAGUUACUGGUCAUGACAGCGUAGCUAUAAUUGAAAUAUGGUCAUACUGAAUACCGUAAGGUAACAUUCAGCGUAUCAUAUGAUCGUUCUAGGGUCUACACGGUGAGCAUGAUAGAGGUGCUGAAAUGCCAUAACUAAAUAUACUAUGUGCAUGCUGAGUCCACCGACCUAAGGGCAGACGUACAUGACACCAUUGCCAGGAAUAUAGGCUGAGACCUGAGGAAUGCAGUAGUGUCUGUACUGACACAAGACCAUGGAGGUUAUAAUUAUACUGAUGGAUAGUUUUUUUCAGUUUUGUGUCUCUGGCUUUAAGGACCACUGAGAUAUCGCCCUAGGUAUAUGAGCGGUUCUGUGUGACAUCCUGGGAGGCAAUGAGAAGCGAGACGAGAUUAAUGUCCUUGCCCUCCAGUAAGUCCUUCUUGAGGUUUGCCGGUAAUGAUUUGAGACCUUAAAAUGAUGUGCGUGUUAGUAUUACCGGGUUGGGAAUGGGAAAGGGCCCGGAAUAUCAGUUGCGGGUGGUUCUGGUGUCGUGACUGGACAGCUACGGGCUUCCAGUCUCUAGUGUAUCGUUCAUCUGCCCCGUGGAUGUUACUACAUAGGCGAUCCUGGUAUGCAGGUUGGCAUUGCUCGUGCCACUUGCGCCUUUCCCCUUGUCUGACUUGUUAGCCUGAAGAGUUCUGUUGUGUGGGCAGUAGCUGUAAAGGGUAUGCUACCCUGCAUAAAUCGGCCGUGAUUCGUGUGAUGGUCCACGAUCUAAUAGAAGAUGGACUGCCGCAGUCCCUUUUUCGUGUAGGGGUGGCAGUCCUAGUUGGAGUACUUGGAAUAGAAAUGUCAUCUCCUUCUUCUGAAACUUGGGACAUACUGAAAUAUAUAUGUAGGAAUCAUGUGUUUCUCUUUGGGUGUAUGCCGUUGUUUUAACUAGUGCCGAAGUGGCGAAAUAAUUUGUUAGACUGGUGACAGGUGAGUCCCUACUAGUUGCCAAGUGGCUGGGUCAGCUCUACUUAUGAUUGGCGACAGGGGUUGAUCUGCUGGAUGUGGGCUUACAAGGGAUGAUUCUUGAUCUGCAGAGGGGGGUGUGACGAGUGAUUCCCUUGCUAUGCAUCAUGCGAGGUGUGUAGCUAUGAUUUGGCCCUUGGGGUGUUAUUACCUCUUUCGUGGAGGAUGUGUGUUGGCCUUGCAGGACCUCUAUCUCUAAGGCAUAAGAUGCCUGGGAGAAAUACCUAUUUGGCCAUAUUAACUCGUCUCUAUGGAAUGAAUCUUUAUACUAAAUCUGUGGGUAAGGAACCGAGAGCAACGUACCUGUAUAAGCAAUGUAUGCUCGGUGUUCUGCAGUAGUCUGAGAUUCUGCUAAGGGGGGAAGGCCUGAACCAGAUGAUGGAUGACAGAAUGAAAGGCAUUGGGUACAUAUGAGUUCGUACUGACAUGCCGCUGCUGAAAAUCCCCCAUGAUCGUAUUGUUUGCGUGCACUCUGGACACCUACCUAUACCUUUGGAUGACGUAAGAAAUAUUCUGGUAUGUCACAUAUACUGUGCAACCUGACGAGCCAAGUCUGUCUAAGCUUGGCGUGUUGAGUCUGUAACAUAUGUCAGAAUAAGAUAUGGUAGUAUAGAAAAUGUCUGUUCGAGACUGUUUGUAGCAUACAUUUUUGUGCCGUACACUGAGUACCGUAUUAUGUCUGAAUAACGAAACGUAUGACUGUUACAUAUAAUACACAUACCAAUUGGAAGAAACACAAUGAUCUUGACUUCUGUCUAUUUCUCUGAAACCUCGAAAGCAGACCUGUUAAAAGCAAAACACUUCUUGCGUUGUAACUUUGGUAUAUAAACACAAAAGUAGACCUGUAUAACAAAUUGACAAAAUAGUGGCAAAGCAUACCACUGAGACCUGCCCUGGAAAUUAAUUCUCCAUACUACCCGAAGUGCUAACAGUUUGUUAAGACAUAAUUGUAAAGAUAUAGAAAUGGAAUUCACAAUUAUAUGAUACAGUGACUUUAUAACAGAGGCUAUGUGUAACAAGGCCACCAGGUGGCAUGGUGCUGCACUUAAGGUGAACACCCGUUGUAUAUAUUGCAGUGUUGCAACAAUGACUAUGGACUAUUAUAAUAAGAAAUAACACUGACAACCUAAUAUUUGCCUUAAUGUGCUUAUAUAAUGAACCAUUUAAAAGUAUGGACGUUGUGUGUGGAAAACUUCUUGACUCCCCCUGCCAGAGUAUCACUCACUCAAUGAUGCCUGGGAUGGCUGAGAAUGGUGAGCUUGGUACUGCCUACUUGCUCCUGCCCUCCUGCCGUGAUAAUGAGGCAGGCAGAGCUUGAGCUGUGACUGCGCAUAGCCGGCAACAUAGACCGGCAUAGGCUAUGGUGGGAGCGUGCCUCGUGAAACCCCUCCCCUGUGAGAAAUUAGUGUGUCGGCUGAUGCUUGCCGGUGAGGUUCCCCUCUGUGCCCGUGAGUUGGGGGAUGGGAGAAAGGGGGGAGUGGGGUGGGAUUACUGCAGGACACCAUAUCAGUUGUGUUGGUAAUUUUAUGAUACAGACGGUGUACCGGAGUACCCGUCUGUACUCACGAACACGUGGCGAGAACAAAGGAUGGCAGCCAUCUUAAAACUCACGAAUGCGGUCAGCGGGGCUUACGCAUGAAUUGCCUAGAACUAUUUUUGGCACGGCAAACAUGCGAACGCCCGGUCCCCAUGGAAGUCCUGGAUGAAUACGUUCCCCUCCACGAAUCAAACUGGCAUUCGGUAGAUAGAAUCUACCGAAUGAGGGGAACAUUCACAACCAGCUGCACCAUACUUUUCUGAAAUUGUUAAAAACUGUAAUGUUUCUGGCCAGCAGAUAAUUGAGCUUUGUAUAUUGCUGAAACUCAAUUAUCUAGCCUGGCCCAGAGGAGGAGUUUUGUAUUGCAUAAAUUGUGAGUUCUGUGUGCCAGUCAAUCAGUCUUGUUCCAGCAUUAAGCUUUGGCUCAUUUGUGGAUUAUUCGGCGAUUCCAGGGAUAUUUCUACUUGUAUGGGAAGAAGGGAAUGCUUGACGGUGAUACCAUAUACUACCGUCACAGUCGGGUUAAACGGGGGGGUGGAAUUGGAAGCCGGUGAAGCCGGUAAAUAAGAGUUUCAAGCUUUUGCUGGGGGGGAGAAUUGGAAGUCGGUAAAUAAGAGUUUCGAGCUAUUGUUAGGUGGAGUGGGGGAGGGGAGGGGGGGUUAGGAGCUGGAUCAAAGAUGAGAGACUGGUACAAUUAUACCGGUCUGCUUAUUCACUCAUCGGACAGGAAACCACUGUGGCAGACGGAAUGAGCCACCAGCGAGCUGUCGGGAGGAGGCUAAGAGCUGCAACUGUCCUGAGAGCUGCCACUGUAAUCAUGCUGGGAACCAGAAGUCCAGAAAUACGUCUGAAACCAAUUAGGUAAGUAGGUAAGAGGGGGAGUCCCUUUUAUAGGCACAUAGCCCCUCCGACAACUACAGGCCCAGCCUAACAAUUUAUGAAUUCAUAAAUGUAUUUUUUUUUUACAUUUUAGAAUGUUAGUAAAAACAGUUAUUUAGACACAACUGUUUAUGAAAUAUCAACACCUGAAGUGGGUACUUUCAUUAUCCGUAUAUGAAUAAAUAUAUGAACAAUGUAAUAUGUUAGUCUCAGGUGAAUAAAUUGCCCCAAAAAUAUUGCAUACAUUCGUGUAUGACCUUCUUUGGCUGACUUCAUAAUAAAACUGGAAUUAGACAUGUGGUUCUAAACACUUCCCUUUACAUUUGUUUUAGAUUUAAAGCUACAUUUACAAUCAACUGAUUAUGGAAGUUUCCUGUCCAAUGAAACAGGACAACUCACUGUAUCUACGAUUGAUGAAAAGCUGAAAGAAAAGUUGAUGACAGAGUUCCAUUACUUUAGAAAUCAUGCUUUCGAGCCACUUGCCACAUUUCUUAAUUUUAUUACGUAAGUUGUUGAGUUUUUUUGUUUGUUUUUUGAGAACUUAAUGUUUGUUUGAAGACAUCACUACAUACAAAAUUAGGACCUACAAUGUGUCAGUAAUAUCACUGUAAUCGCUUUAUGAUUUACUGCUACAUGUCAAAGACAUGGCUACAAAGACAUGGCUUUAUAUUGUCUAUUAUCUAUAAUUAUAUUACAGCUUUGGCAUUUUGUAUUGAAAUAAUGCAGUGGGGUUGCCCUUCCAAAUAUAUGUUCUUCUUUACUACAAAACUGGGGAGAUUUUAAAAAUAAACGUGGACAGAUUUAAAUAUAAUAAUGAGGGAUCCACGAUCUCCAAAACACAUUCCCUAACCCUGUAUAAUCCCUUCUCUGCAGAGGUAUAUGGCAUUUAUGCUGCGUUAAAUAAAAUUGUUAUCUAAGCUUUUGUACUUAAUAUUCUCUUAGCCUACUCUCAUGCAUAUAGUAAUUGAAUCCUUGCUACUCACAUAGCUUGAGAUCCAACGUGCAGUUCCACAAUAAAUUGUAUGAAUUAAUUAUAUUGUUUAUAAAAGUAUAAACCUGUACUUUCUGUGAAAGUGAACGAUACUUGUGAAAAAGGGUUACACAUAAUGAGUCUUUGUGGGGCAACAAUUGAGCCAGCAGAAAAUUUGUUUUGGUUCCAAUGUUUAGACCUGUAGAGAAAAGGCAAGCUUCUCCUGCUGAGAUAUAUAUAUAUAUAUAUAUUAUGUUUUUUUAUUUUUUUCUAUACAGAUACAGCUACAUGAUUGAUAACAUGAUUCUGUUGAUAACGGGGACCUUGCACCAAAGACCUAUUUCUGAACUGGUUCCUAAAUGCCACCCUCUGGGCAGCUUCGAGCAGAUGGAAGCCGUGAACAUUGCUCAGACGCCCGCAGAACUCUUCAAUGCUAUUUUGGUUGACACCCCUCUCGGUAGAUACAUCUAAAUUCUGUAUUUCUAUAUAAUAUGUGGCUAUCAGGGGAAUGGGUCCAAAUAUAUUAUGUAUUCAAUCAUUGCCAUUAGGAACAUAAAUAGUGCCCAUUUGCAAGAUGUCUUGGUAUGAGUUUUGACGUCUAUGAGAACAUGUGCUGUUUGCAAAAUCUACCAGAGAACAUAUUGUUUGAAACACCAAAGCAACCUCUAAGAUGGAAUUAUUUUAAAGGUUGUCCAUCCUGCCAUAUAUGGCAUGCUCCCAUAGGUCCAUCCACACUGUCUGUCUGUUUGUCUAUCAAUUUAUCUAUCGAUCGAUUGAUCUAAUCAGUCUAUAUGACUAUCUGUCUGUGUAUCUGUCUUUCUAUAUAAAAGAAAUUUGAGUUGAAGCAUCCAUGUCUCCAUGAUAGGUGUUCUAACAUGCCCAUGAUCUCCUAAGGAGUUUAAUAAUUAUGUUGUGUGUUUCUUGAUUGUUUUAUGUUAAUCAAGACAUGUUUGGUCAUGCUUCACAUUACUGUACUGAACUAUGGGUACUGUACUAUAUAUGCUAAAAUGAAGAUUUCUGCUUGCGUUACCACAUUUUAUUCAUAGAGUAACAAGUAUUGUUUUGUUUUUGUUUAAAUUUUACACUGUAACUAUUUUUUCUUUAAUACCAUUUUAGCUGCUUUUUUCCAAGAUUGUCUGUCUGAAAACGAUAUGGAUGAGAUGAAUAUUGAAAUUAUGCGCAACAAGUUGUUCAAGGUAUAAUCAGACUUGAUUUUUCAUCGCUGGACACUUACGUGUUGUGUUUUCUUUUUAAGGAGUGAUUUAUGCAAAUGUCAACAUUGUAUCAAAAAAUAAUUUCUUCAGGUGCUGGUACUGACCAACCACUUGUACCUUUCCCUUAUAUCCAUCUUGACAACUUUUAGUUAAGUGUUUAUCCCUGCCUAAGGGACUAAUAAAUGUUGCUGUAAAGUGUUGAAGAAGUUAGUGGGCUGCAAUCUGCAACUCCCAUGCAAGCAGGUGGGAAGACAAAAUGAAAUUCUAACAGGCGUAGGCAACUCUCAAUGUUUUGGACUACACUUCCCAUGACAGAAACAUAGAAACAUAGAAUGUGACGGCAGAUAAGGACCAUUCGGCCCAUCUAGUCUGCCCAAUUUUCUAAAUACUUUCAUUAGUCCCUGGCCUUAUCUUAUAGUUAGGAUAGCCUUAUGCCUAUCCCACGCAUGCUUAAACUCCUUUACUGUGUUAACCUCUACCACUUCAGCUGGAAGGCUAUUCCAUGCAUCCACUACCCUCUCAGUAAAGUAAUACUUCCUGAUGAUGCUUUUCCAGCAUUAAGGUUAUAAGAACAUUAUGAGGGGAUUUAGUCCACAACAUCUGGAGUGUCUAAGGUUGCCUACCCCUGUCUUAGAUACAUAUGUUUAUAUAUAGGGUAAUAAACAGUGCUGGAACAAAUAGGCAAGAAGAAUUUGAAAUGCUAAAUUUUGGUUUGCCUUGCAAAGACUUCUAAUUGAUCUGCAUUGGAAAGACUGUGAUUGGACUGAAAGUCUGGGCUGGGUUAGACCAGGAGGAUUUGCAAAGGUGUUAGAUAAGAGAUCUGCAACUUUUGCAAGCUGUUUUUAGAUUUACCCCCAAAUGAAGAAAUGCAUAAUUAAAUAAAUGCAUUUUUCAUUGGGUGCAUAUCUACUAAAUAGUGUUUUUAUUUGUUUUGCAUUUGGGCAGUGGAGUGUCCCUUUAAUUCGCCUGUCAAAACACAUACACAUCUCAAACAUUAGAUUACUAUAGUUGUUCUGGUCUAAGGAAGCAAAGAAAUAAUUACUUGAAGAUGCUAAUUCUUUUUUGUUCGAUCAUUAGCACCGUUUUCUAGAAGAAAUUAGUCUCGCAACUGCUGUUUUUAUUUUAUUUAUUUAACAAAACAAAUUUCAUUAAGAAUUCAUACUCUUGUCCUCGCCAAGUAAUACCUCACUGAAUGCAAGUGUUCUAUUUUUUGUUUUUUUCUGUGUGAACAGGUAAUGUAUAAAGGACACUCAAGGCACCAUAACCACUAUCGCUUUCUGUAGUUAUUAUGGUGUCAAUAGCCCCCUCCAUUGUCAGAAGUCAAACUAUAUAGAACAGUUUGACUUCUUACCUGGGGUACACUGGAUACUGCUUCCUACCUCUACUACCAUAUCUCGAGUCCUGGAAGUUCCUCAAUAUCAAAAGGGGAGGGUCAAAACGAGGCGCAAACAUGACAGUGCCAAGAUGUAUACAUCAAUAAUCCUUAUACGGAAACAAUGGAACUAAAAGGGAACUGAUCUGAAGCAAAAGGGGAGGAAGCUAGAUUCAAGCAGAGCUGCAAAUAAGAUAUUAAAAACAUAAAAAUUUUAAAUUAUGUUAUUUCAGUAUCCCUAAACAUUAAUAUAUACUUAAAAUGAUUAUACAUGUAAUAGCAUAACAAAUACCAGAAAAAAAAACGGAAAAAAAAACCCUGGAAUUAUAUGAUAGAUAUGUUGGUUAAGAAGUUUGUUCAAAUAUUUCUGCAGAUUUUUCCAUUUUUGUAUCAAUAACUUUUUUCAUAAACUAUCUUUGGAAAUUUUACAUAUUUUAUUAUCUAUUGUAUCAAAACAAAUUUUUACUUUUAUCAUAAAGCUGGGAGUACACCGUUUAUGAUGCUUAGCAUGUGUAUAACAGAUAUACUACAUAUGAACUUUUAAUUAUAAUUACCAACCCCCUGUUAAAAUUCCUGUAGAAUAAAUGAAAAUUUUAAUAUAAUUCACAUAUUCUUUUUAUGUUCAUUUCUUUUAAUAGUCCUACCUUGAAGCAUUCUAUAACUUCUGUGACGCACAAGGAGGAACUACCAAAGAUACAAUGUGUCCUAUCCUUGAGGUAAGUAAAUAUUUCCAAAAAAUACAUAACGGCUUCACUUAUCUAUUUCUUUUUCAUUGACAUCUCUUGCAGACAGCACUGAAACUGGAAACAGUAUGAGAGAUGAGUCAUUUAACAGUUAAGGAAAAAAAUAUUCUCCCUUUGCUUCUCUCUCUCUCAACUGCACCUGGACCAUACCUUCUCUACCUUUCAUGCCUUCUCCCCAGCUACUAAACAGGAGAUGGCUUCUCCUUUCCUCUCGUCCCACCACUUGUCCGCUUAAUCCCAUCCCUUCUCACCUUAUCAGAUCUCUCUCCCCAGUGGUGGAUCCUGGUUUUGUGCUGCCCUAGGCAGGACAAAAUUCAGCCCCCCCCCCCAGCACCACCCCCACCCAACCUACCCCUUACCCCACCUUCUAAAUACACACACACAUUCACUGACAGAUACGCAUACACUAGCUAACAGAAACACACACUCACUAACAGACACACACACACUAACAGACAAACACACUCACACUCACUAACAGACACAGACACACUCACUCACUAACAGACACACACACACACUCACUAACAGACAAACACACACUCACUAAUAGACACACACUCACUCACUAACAGACACACACACACUCACUAAGAGACACACACACUCACUAACAGACACACACACACACUCACUAACAGACACACACACACACACACUAACAGACAAACACACGCUCACUAACAGACACACACACACACACACUCACUAACAGACACACACAGACACACAUUCACUCACAUUAACACACUCACUUUUUUUUUUUAUUUAACCUCCCCAGCCUCCUUACCUUUUAGAAUGCUGGGGGGGGGGUUCUCCCUCUCCCUGGGGUCUAGUGGGGCUACUGGGCUGCUGGGAGGUCGGUUGGGUGGCGCUGGCAAGGGAGCACUUUCCUCUGAGCACUCUGCUCAGCUCCCUCACCAGCGUCGCCUGACCGACCGACCGCCCGCCCGCCUGGCUUGUCAGUUAGCCGCAAGGCUAACAAGACAUUUGCCCUGGGUAUUUGGGGGCGGCUUUUUUAGCCUCGCAGCUAAAACUUCCCUGUCUCUCCCCGUGUCUUAUACUAUCCUUAACUCACAUCUACAACUGCUCUCUUUCUUCUGGUGUUGUCCCUGCUCCCCUUAAACAUGCCACUGUCAUACCUCUCCUUAAAAAAAGCCAUCUUCCACUUCCAACUAUCGUCCAAUAUCCCUGCUCCCUUUUUCCUCAAAGCUUCUAGAAAGACUUGUCUUUACUCAUUUGGCUUCCUUCCUCAAUUCUACCUCUCUCCUCGACUCUCUUCAGUCUGGCUUCCACCCCUUCCACUUAUUGAGACUGCUCUGACUAAAGUUACAAAUAACCUAAUCACAGGUAAAUAAAAAGGCCACUUCUCCAUACUAAUUCUUCUUGACCUCUCUGCUGCCAUUGACACUGUGUAUCAUGUUCUUUUCCAAACUCUGUAAUCCCUCAGUCUCCGUGACACUGUCCUCUCAUGGUUAUUAUUAUUAUUAUUAUUAUUAUUAUCAUUUAUAUAGCGCCAACAGAUUCCGUAGCGCUUUACAAUAUUUGGUUCUGCUCCUAUCUCUCCCAAUGUUCAUUCAGUAUCUCCUUUUCCAAUGACACCUACUCCCCUCAUCCUAUCUUGGUUGGAGUCCUCCAAGGCUCUGUUCUUGGUCCCCUUUUGUUCUCUCUUUAUACUGUCUCUCUUGGAACACUCAUUAAUUCCUUUGGAUUCCUCUAUCACCUGUAUGACAAUGACACCCAGAUCUAUCUCUCCCCUUAUGGUCACUCCCCAGCUGUCCUACACCGUGUCACUGGUUGCCUUUCUUCAAUCUCUGACUGGAUGUUCUCCCACUUUCUGAAACUCAAUCUCUCUAAAUCAGAGCUUAUUUUUCCUCCUCAUAAUAUUGAUCUUUCACUGCAAGUUGAUGGUACCUGCAUCAACCGUCCGUGAAAGUUAGCUGUCUUGGUAUUAUCUUUGAAACUGGCCUUACCUUUGCACUUCGUAACCAGUCUGUUGCUUAAACCUUUGGAUUCCACCUUAAAAACAUUGCCCACAUUCCCCCUUUCCUUAUGCAAGAUGCUGCCAAGUUCAUGUUCUAGUAAUCUAGUAAUGGAUUACUGUAAUUGUCUCCUAAUUGGUGUUCCCAGAAUCCAUACUGCCCUGUACAAUGUGUAAUUAAUGCUGCUGCUACUUUUUCACCAGUCGGUCCUCUCAUACCUCGCCCCUCUGUAGAUCCUGACACUGGCGUCCUGUAUCCUAUAGGUGUAAAUUCAAAAUACUAACCCUUUCCUAUAAAGCUCUAAACAACUCUAGCCCCUGUUAUAUUUUUUCACUGAUGCGUAGGUAUGCCCCUUCUCUGUCUCUCCACUCUGCCGGUGACAUUCUCCUGUUUGCUGCUCGAACCCUUACUGCUAACUCUCACUUGCAGGACUUUUCCUUUGUAAAAGCCUGCCUACCCUGUUAGACUCUUCACUAGUCUUCAAUCAUUUAAGAAUUCUCUCAAAACCAAUAAAUUUAGAAAUGCUUAUGGCUUCCCUGAGUAACUGCUCUGUCACAUAUUUUUCUACUGCUCUCUCAUAAAGAGCCACUCUCCACUCUUACCUCCAGUUCUGCUACUUUUCCACCUUGUUCAUUUGCUGCCUCCUUGAUUUCCUACCUAUUGCGUCUUUAUAUUUCACUCCUCUAGACUGUAAGCUUGUUUGAGCUCGUCUGCCUAUUGUUCCUGUAUCAUUUUGUAAUUGUUUCAUUUAUUGUUACAUUUCUCCCUUUCAUAAUUUUGUAAAGCGCUGCGGAAUAAAUUUCCCCCUCCCCCAAGCCUUACACAGCAUGGUGCAUGGGGAUAGGGAUGCAGCUGUACACUGUCGUACGGUUUAUUAGGAGGCUUAGAGACCUUUGCUCAUUUUUUAAAACAAAUGCAUUUUUAUGAUCAAGUAUUUGUACACUGGCACCUCACUGAUACUUUGAUAGUAUUAUGGCUGUAAGAGCAUUAUGGGAGAUGAAGUCCACAACAUCUGGGACUCAAGUAAAUUAAUAUAAACUAGCAACCCCAGAAUAUUGUUUUAUAUUUCUGAAACUCAAUAUUGGGAUAUACACUUGUAUACACCUUGGAAUAUCCCUGAUUAUUGGUGUACAUUUAGCACUGUAGUCCUGGGUAUUGGACAUUUGGUGUCUAUCUCUUAAACUCUGCACCAAACUAUAAGCCUCCUAACCUCUAGAGCAAGCGGUUCCCAAACUCCACCAAUGAUUAUUUCCCAGCUGGAAACCAGGGAAAACCUCAGCACAGCCGUGGUCUGACUGAGGUCCUCUUGGAGCCUCUCUGUCCUGGAACAAUAUAGGGGACUAUCUCUAUUCCCUCCCAGGGACUGGACGACACACAGUCCUGGGAGCUCAAGUCCUUACAAGGACCUUCCCUGCUUAAUCCUCUACAAGCUGGAACAAGGUGCUGAGCAGUGAUUAUAGCCCUUUUCCCUCUCAGUGAAUAGACGACACAUAGUUCUGGGAGUACAACUGAUUGUUAAUGAGCCAAACUCUGCCUUUUAUGCACAGACCUCAGCAGGAGGUCUCCAAAUGAUACAAUGCAAGCCCCUCCCAGGAACCACUGGGCCUGGGAGACAAUAGAUAAUUGAGUUCAAGACCGUAAGCUAAUUAUCUCCAGAAACAGACAGCCCAACACAAAACAUAAAAACAUAAAAGUGCCCCAAAACAUAAUAAAAACAUACAAUAAACUCACAUGUCCUACAUCCCCAAAUCUGAUCUGAAAGCCCAAGUUGUCCAAGUAGCGCUCAGAUCCAUGCAGUGUAGGGAAAUGCCAUGUGUCAAAGUUCUGACCAGGUGCACACGUGGUUAUAUGCCCAAAAUAGUUGCAGAGCGUUUGGUGCUUUGGCCUAUCAACUUUCUGGAGCUGAGCUUCUGCGGCUGUAAUACAGUGUGCUCUGCCUGGCUCUUAGGGAGCAUUUGUUCCCCUUAGUCUCAGACAUCUUCCUUCCAAAAAGUGCUCUCAUGGCAGGUCGCAAAGUGGUUCAAAACCCCAGACCAAGUUGUCCGAGAACCACAAGGUCACCUCAUGCCAAAAACAGUUCCAUAACAUUUGCUGCUACGUACUGCUGACGUGACCGGGAACCACGAAGUCCUCAUGCCAAAGUUAGUUCCAUAACCGUUGAGGCUAAGUACUGCUGAGGACCAUUUGUGGGUUUGGUUCAUGCAAAAGGCUACCAGGGAACUAGCGUUUGGUUACAUUCGAAUGAAGGGAAAGUGCUGAACCAGGGGCACCGAGGGAAAGCUGUUAAUGGCGUUCGGUAGGGUAACUCCCAAACAGGGGCUCCAACCUGGACCAUAGUCGGUGGGCAGGAGUCCAGUUCCACACUCCCCCUGGAGUUUGUGGCAAACGUUCAUGGGAAAGAGCGUUUGUCACACUUAGAAUUAGAGGUCUUCUUGUAAUUAUGGAUUUCAGUUGGCUUUUUACAGACCUGUAUUGGUUCUUGUUUGGUUAUGAUUUUCUCUCACUAAGAAUUGUCAGGAAUUAAAAGUAAAUUUAAAAUUUGAGGAAGCAUAGCUGACUUAAAGAAUUUAUUAAUUUCAUCUACUUUGGCCUUAAAUUUUAAAUUCUCUUAGAAUUCUCACUUUAUUAAAUAACUCUGUAAGUGUGGUACUUUUUUUUAAACAAAGGAGAGUGAAAUGUAUCUCAUACAAAACAUGAGGGAAAUGUCUAAAAAACAAACAAAACAAAAAAACACAAAACCUUGAUGUAAAAUGCGCAGUGACAGUGAAUGUAUAAAACAGUAAAAAAUAUAUAUUUUUUCAUGUUUCUUGUGGCAACUUUAAUAAUGUAUAAUAUCAUGUGCCUAACAUUUUAUGGGUAAAUGUUAAUAUUUUCUUAUGUUUUUUCCUCGUCAAGUUUGAAGCUGAUAGACGGGCAUUUAUUAUCACAAUCAAUUCCUUUGGAACGGAACUCAACAAGGAAGAAAGAGAGACAUUGUACCCCACCUGUGGCAGGUUGUACCCUGAAGGACUGAGGAUGCUUGCCAAUGCUGAUGACUAUGAUCAAGUGAAGAAUAUUGCAGAAUAUUAUGCGGUAUGCAAACUUGCUCAUUUAAGGUGCAUUCAUUUCCAACUGCCCUGUUUUGAGGUGUUUAACAUAAGUGAAUAUACUCUUUGAGUGCUCAAGUGCCAUCAACAUUUUAUGUUCCACAUAGCUAUUAUUAAUUCUGUGCACUUGGACGUUUGAUAAGGUCCGUGUGAUAGCAAUAGUCUUAAUCUUGGCAGUAUUCGAAGGGCUACAUGAGACAACCCAUGGCAGUAUUUUUCUACCGGGGGUUGUCCUGGGUGAAGAAGCAAUGUUCAAGGUUCUAAAGGCACAAUGCUGUCCGCCUCCUGUCACGCCAUAAAAUGUGAUCACAACCUUUGUAUACACAUGUUUAUUUAUAUUGUUAUUUUUCGAUGUGAUGUACCAAUAUCUUGUUUUUCUUCUGUAUUACUGCUUGAUUUUUACUGAAAAUAAUAAUAAUAACACAAUUUCUAUAAAACUCAAUACAUACUCAUGGCUCACAUCCUGUGUUUUUAGGAAUACAAAGCAUUGUUUGAAGGUGUCGGAAGUGGAAGCGGAGAAAAAACAUUGGAAGACAAGUUUUUUGAAAAUGAGGUAAAAAAAUACAGUUAAAUAUUUCAAAGUAAAUCAGUGUUUUAUAUAUUUAUACCAAUAAUGUGAACAUUAAUAUCACUAUAAAAUAUUGAUUUAAAUGUUUUUGAUAUUAGAGCAGCACUGCCACUCCCCCUUACAAUGUGAGUACUUUAUUAAGAUAAACACUUUAUAAAAAUUCAAUUUGUCAAGGUUUGUCAUUUGCCUCAGCCAUCAUUAUGGCUGAGAGGGAGAAGGCAUUGUUUACGGAGGGCCCACGGUCUCGCUGGAUCCUUCAUAGACCUCAGUUUACUUUUGCACAUGCGUGAAAUUACAACGCUAACGUAGCCUCUUCGCAGCUGAAGCGCCAGUAGCUGAAAAAGACCAUCAGUAAGAGCAUUGCACAGGCCCCGGUUAAGUAUAAAUUACCUUCCCAUGCACCCCGAGGUCACCAGACAUCAAGAAACAAAGUCACCGUCGGAGGUCAUUGCAAAUUAUUCAACCCCAGUAUGUGACAGAAACACUGAUAUAUAUAAAACCUCACAAAUUGUACUUCUGACGUGUAUUCAUUAUUUGUGUUUUAAGAUUUUACUUCUAAUUGAAAAGAGUAAAUACACCCUGCAUUUUAUGCUUAGAUUGGUAUUUUUAGAAAUAUUUUAUAAAUGAUUUUAUUUUUAUUAGAUUGCAAUAUCUUACAGUGCUAAAUGGCAUAUAUAAUAAUUUUAAAAUUAAAUGCAUACAACAAGGCUAUAUUUUACCCAGUAGCCUGUAAUUGAGGGGUGGUGUGGGGCUGGCCCUAUACAGGUGACAGGCAGCAAGGAGAAUGCACAGACCUCCUUCCAACACUGCCACUCUUGUUGGGAAGUCUAACAGGACCUGUUCCUCUGCCUGGUCUAUAAAAAGCAGCUCCAGGGCAAAACCAGUAUGCACUGAGUGUAGGAGGAAGGGACAUGACUGGGCUCACUUCUUAACCUCAGGUGAUGCUCUCAGCCACUGCAGGGCUUAGCCCAGAAAAGAUAACAGAAGCGCCCAGGCUCCAAAGGAGGAGGCAACCGGCACUUGGCCGAAGCCAAGUAAGUUGUUAAGCCAUUCAUAAAUGCUUUGUCUACUUACACUUGAAGGUUGCCAGGGCCCUACUGGCACCAUAACAACUACAGUUUGCACAGAGUGUUACUUUAAGAGAAGUACUUUUGGCAAGUUGCUUUAUUUCCUGGUCCCAUUGACAAAUGCAGGUAAAAUAAAUCCAGGUGUAAUAUGAGGAGGUGUAUUAUAGUACAUUUAGUGGUUGAUUUACUGAUAUUAAUUUUUCAUUAUGUAUAGCGUGACAAUGCAUAUUUAUAUAAUUCACAGUGAUAGUAAUAUAUUUAUGUUGUAUUUUUUUUUUUCCUAGGUACAAAUGAAUGUGCUGGCAUUUAACAACCAGUUCCACUUCGGUGUAUUCUAUGCGUACAUUAAGUUGAAGGAGCAAGAAUGCAGGAAUGUUGUAUGGAUUGCUGAAUGCAUUUCUCAAAGACACAGAACUAAAAUUAAUAAUUAUAUUCCCAUUCUGUAGAACCGCAUCUAUUUACCCUUUGGUUCUAAAUUGUCUGUACUUUGUAUCAUACAUUAAUUUGCCAUAUAUCCGAUUUCUUUUAGAUUAUUAUUAAUUAUCAUGUUCAAAUUUCAUCUUUCAAUUAGUAUUUUUUUCUGUUUUGGCUCUUUUGUUAUGCUGGGCACGCAAAGUCCAAUUGCUAUCAUUUGAACGUGUCCAAAUAAUUUUAAUCUGGAGCAUUUAAUUUAUUUAUGAAAAAUUACAAUUUCAGUUAAAACAAAUCAAAUACAAGAAUUCUAUAGUUGUUUGUAUUUAUGAAGCGCCAACAAAUUUUGCAGCUCUGUACAAUAGGUGGACAGGUAUUUGCACCAAAGACGAGUUGGACGGACAUGACUAGAAGGUGUAGAGGGCUCUGCUCAAACGAGCUUACAUUCUAGAGAUAGCUCAAUAUUCAUGUGUUAAUAAUAAUAAUAAUUAAAUAAACAAUAUAUAUAUUUAAAUUAUUUCCUACCACGUUCUCUUGCUCUAAAUUGUGACAUUUGUUUAUUUCUUCUUUUGUUUAUAAA